AGCAGGGCGCCCGGACCACAGCGAGGCGGAGAGGCUCCUGUUGCAGAUCACACUUGUGCAUCCACUCGGUCGGUUCAUCAUGGAGGCGCAGCGGUAUCCCAUCAGCAUCGGUCUAAUCGGAGUCAUGCACAAGGAGAAGUGCAAAAUGUAUAUGACCUCCGUGCUUUGGUCAGACGAGAAUGAGAUUGUAGUUUACAGGACUUUUGUGGACUUCAAAAAAAUGCACAAACAAAUGAAGAAACUAUUCCCUGUAGCAAACAAAAUGAAAAAAUCCGACCGAAUCAUCCCCAAAUUUCAAGACAAUUUCCUUGUAGACAAGAUGGGGAACGGCAACGUGCAGAAAAAAGGGUCAACCAAGUCACUCCUGCGCCUCAAGUCACUGCAGAGAUAUUGCAAUGCACUUCUGAGCAGCGACCCCCAGGUCUCUCAGAGCAAAGAACUCAUCCAGUUCUUGCACCCCAACGCCGACGACCUGCAACCGGACUUUGUUAAGAACAGCAUUGUCGUCUUGCCAUCGGACAACGAGAUCCAUGCCAAUGGAGCACCGGUCCCCGGUGGCAACGUGUCCACGCCCUUCGUCACAGAGACGUACAGAUGUGUGGCGGCCUACGAGACCAAAGACACCAAGAACAAACCUUUCAAAGUGGCGUUGAACGAACAAUUGGACGUGCUCAUCAAAGACCAAGCGGGGUGGUGGCUUGUAGAGAAUGAAGACAAGCGUAUGGCCUGGUUCCCCGCCCCCUACCUGGAAAAGCUUGAGGAGGAUGAUGACGAUGAAGAGGACAUAGAUGGGGGCCCUGAGAGAGGACUGCUGUACACUGCAGUAAAGACCUACAAGGCCACCAAAAACGACGAGAUAACCGUGGCCAUUGGUUCGGUGGUGGAGGUCCUACAGAAGUCUGACAACGGCUGGUGGCUCAUCAGGUACAACACUAAAGCGGGUUACAUCCCCACCAUGUACCUGCAGCCAUACAAGUACCCCCACAUCCGCAUGACAGCCAACCAUCAGUCACGGCGCUCGUCCUCCCCGCAGCCAAUGUCCAGCCUGGAACUGCAGUCCAACCAGCUCAGCCUCUCGCAAGGAAACCUGCUGCAACUUCCAACGAUAAGGUCUUCCACUCCCAAACCGAUCCAACCGCCCACACAGAGAUCAGACUCUCCGGGUAUGCUGUCGGAAGAGCCUCUGACUGAAGCUUGCCCCGCUGCCGCUGCCAUCGCUGCCGCCGCCGCGGCCACUGCCGCUGCCAAUGCUGCUGCAGCUGCCGCCGCCAACGCCGCUGCUGCUGCCUCUGCCGCUGCCAACGCUGCUGCCAAUGCCGCUGCCAAAGUUGACCCCCCGCCCACGAUCAUGGUGGAGAUGGAAAAGGAGACCGGUCGCCGCACCAUGAGCCCCAGAACAGAUAGUGACGGAAGCUUUUCGAGCGACUACAGCGAUGACCUCAAUGCUUCCUGGGCGAGCUCCACGUCCUUCAACCUCAGCCAGAGCUACAAUGAGCAACAGCUGCGUAGGAGCAUCACGCCUACCCCUGUGGCGGGUAGUCGCCUGGACCCGCAAAGCAUCACGCAGGGUAAAAUGAUGGCCAGCAUUUCCGAUCCCAACCUGUACAAGGGCCCAACGGCACCCAAGGUGCCGCCAAGACCGCAUGCCAAGGAGAUCCUCUCCCGGUGCACCACCAUCACCAUCAAGAACGCCGCCAAAGGCGAUCAGCUUCAAUGAGAUGCAAAAAAAAUAAAACAAAGCCAGAAAUCCGGGCAUAGUUACGGCUUCAGACCAUAAUCUGAACAGCCAAAUAAAGACAAUUCAGCCUCUUGUAUAAUAUGAAGGAUUAGUAGACUUAUGUCCAAAGGAUUUGGGAAACCCUGUCUAUGCAUUGAUCAUUCAUUUUGAAAUGUCCUUGUGCCAUAUCUUUUGAUGCUUUUUACGUGAAACUUUGAAUCACCUUGCUGUAAGUUCUAAACUAUGUUUCUAACUCCUUUGAACUUGGAUAUUUUUUUAGACAAGAGAUUCCUUUUUUGAAAAGUAUUUUCCAUACUGGAAACUCCGUGUUGACUGUUUUCUUGAA